CGCCGCAACUUGUGGACAUCGUUGAAGAAAAGGGUACGUAACCGGAUCCAUACCAUUGGUCACCGACCUUGUCUCGAACGACGACCACGACGCCACACGACUCGACGCGUAUACAUGCCACGUAUCCUGCCACGUCUCAUCGCCAAGCUCGCCGACCAACCAGUGCAGCAGCAACCCCAGCAGUUCUUCGUAAAGCGCAAACGAAAAUUUUCACGGCACAAGUCAGUACCGCCACGCCCUUCUUUUGAUCCUUCGCAGUAUUCAGAAUCCAUACUGCUAUCGCCCGACAAUCCAGUCACCAGCUCUCAGAAACAUGUCCGACGUAAAACUUUGCCGCCUCGCGUCUUUGUCGCGAAAGGCGCCAAGCCUCGGCAGGGAAGUACUGAGCGUCCCAGAGAGAUGACGGCAGAGGAAAGAAGGUGGUGGUCAUCGCCAUACCUACGAAUGCUGUCUUCUUCGACCAGGAGAUGCAUGAUCACUCAACAAGACUUGCCGACUGACUUUCUUAUACGUCUGGGAUUAUUGCAAUUACCUACUCCGAGAGCUAACCGCUCCGAGACCAGGAGUAUCAUCAUGCCCGACGGACUCGAGCAUUCCAAAUUUGCUACGCGUAGGUCAGGCAGAUCAACAUACGUCCUAUGCUGGAAACGCAUAUUUGAUAAUUUGGACCCAAAUAUGUUUCGACGCGUCACCACUAACCCCCAUCUGCAUUCACUUGUGGUGAAACAGAUAUCACACCUCCUACGUGUUCGUAUUCUUCAAGAGCUACAACUAUUAGCAGAACAGAUGGUGCACUGGACCAAACGACGCCCUGUACCGCCAAUACUACGGAGACUCACUCGUGAAGAGUUCAAAAACGUCAAAAACACAGGGACCAUUCCUUAUCCAAAUGCGGUCGCUCUGUUGGUGGUCCCUCCCUUAAAACGAGACCCUCAGUCGAAGAAAAAAGUGGAGGGCUCAAUGUCGCCUUUGCCUCUGACAGAAGAGGAAGAGAAAGUACCUCCUAGCGUUCAAGACGGGCCGAAUAUACCAUUGUCAACUCUAUAUCCAUUAUCUUCUGAUGUGAUUACUACUUCGGAUCUAUCACAGCAGCUUUCUAGUCUGCAAGUGCCAUUCUACAAUGGUGUCUCUUUGUUUCCUGCUCGGUCUCAGCGAGCGCUAUUGCAUGCUUUGCUCCUUCGAGUUUUAAAUAUCGAACGCCAGGCUCGAGCCCGUGUUAAAGCAAAUAGCUCCACUGGGAUCACAAACGCAAAGGGUGAUCAAAAAGGGAGCCAUGCAUUUCUUCUCUGCUCUGACGAAGAAACCAUCAAGAGGGGUGACUCGGCUGCUGUUGCUGUAGCCCUUUGGCGGCUAAGGAUGUUUGAAGAAGGGACGGAUUGGGAAGAGAGUAGUCGCUGGGUUCUUCGUCAGAAAUAUCGCUCAGUUGGUGUAUUUGAGUAG